AUGGACACAUCCGCCACUGAAGGCCUCCGUAAUAUACUCACCGCCUUCUCCGAGCAAUGGACGCUCUCCGCAACAGCCGCCAGCGGUACUGGCAAGGCAUUGUUGCUCAACGCGACCGCGUUGUUGGGCCUCCUAUCUUCUAUUACGCCUAGCACAAAAUACCCCCAUAAUCCACCAGAAGCUCAAAGGAAUGCAAACAUCACCAUCCAUCAACCCAACACCCCCCUCGCACCCUCCCCACUCCCACCCCCCGGCCCAUCCUCCCAAAGUGAGGAAAUCAUCCGCCAGUUCAUCGAGUUAGACCGGUCAACAAAGUGGCGUCUAGCGGACAAGAUCCCAUUCUCCGGUGACUGCCACGAACCCGAGGGCAUCGUCCGCCUGAGCAACGAGGGGCCGGCACAAGACGACCGGUAUUUCGUAUCAGCCGGGGAAUGGACCGUCCCCCAGUCCCCCGACAAAAACGGCGAAGGCUUCGCACACCUCCUCGUCUUCGACGGCACCGGCCGCCAACUCGCCGACGCCGUCCUCACCGCCCCCGGCGCAGCCGAGUACCACGGCGGCGGGCUCGACUACGAUGGGACACACCUCUGGGUGACGCUGGCUGAGUACCGGCCGGUCAACGCAACUGCCACGCUGGUACGCUUGCGGCCUGAUAAACUGUGCCCGGAGCCGGUGCUGCGUAUUGCUGAUCAUAUGGGUGCUGUGGUGCAUGAUAUUGCCGCGGGGGAUGUGCUGACGCUGAAUUGGGGGGCGCGGAGUGCGUCGUUGUGGAAUUUGCGCCAUAGUCCGGUGCCGUUGCCUGGGUUUACACCGCCGCGAGCGGUGGUGAAGAAUCCGAGUCAUUAUACGGAUUAUCAGGAUUGUAAGUUUCUGGGUCGCCCGCAGCGGUAUGGGUUUCGGUCUGUCAUGCUGUGUGCGGGUAUUACGGGGGGCGUGUAUGGUGCAAAUACGAGUAUUGGUGGUGUGGCACUGGUGGAUAUGCAGACGAUGGUGCCGCUGUAUGAGUUGCCGUUGAGUAUGGUAUCGGAUGGGGGGAACUUGGUGACUAAGAACCCGAUGGAUGCGGCUAUUGUGGAUGGCAAGCUGCGGUUCUUUUUCCUGCCAGAUGAACACAACUCGACGUUGUAUGUCUAUGAGCCGGAAGGGCCCGGCUGA